AAGAAGGUAGACGUAGCAUUGCGCAGGUUGAGAUAUAGGCCCGGAUGAACAGACUGGUUGCCUUGAUUCUUCCGUUCGUGGCUGGUCCAUAGUUAGUAGUUAGUUAACUACCAGUUAGUUAGUCCUUAGAUAGUCGUUAUUUAACUCGUUCGUAGCUUGUAGUUAGUAUAAGAACUUGCCCGAACUCCUGUGGCUUUUUGUUCAUUUUGAUAUUCUCUCCCUUGUUGCUUUCUCUUCUAGCCCCUCUCGACGCUUGAAGUACAGGACUCGUCAGCCAUGAGUGGUGCUUCCUCUCCCAAGGCAGGGUCUCUAUCGCCCUGGCGCGAUCUUAACUCGGUCCUCGCUAUCGUCACUGUCUUCGGCUCCAUGGGCGCAGCCGGGUAUGGGUUUGAUCUGGGCUGGUGGUCGGGCGUGCUGAGUACAUCGCAGUUUGCUCGUGCAUAUGGGAAGUACGACGCGGUGACGGGCGCGUACGCCAUGAGCUCGGUACAGGAAUCGAUCGGUUCCGGGACAGCGACAGCGGCAGUGAUCGCGGGGUUGUUCGUGGGUACGCCGAUCAACGAGCGGCUAGGCCGACGGAUGACGAUGUUAAUCCAGGCGUUGACCGUGGUUGUCGGCGUGAUCAUCGAGGCUACCAGUGGGAACCGAUACGUCCAGCUGAUUGUCGGCCGCAUGGUCGUCUAUUUCGGGGGCGGGCUGGCGGCCAACGUCGUGCCCGUCUACCAGGCUGAGUGCGCGCCGCCGCAUCUGCGCGGCCUCAUGUCGGCGGGAUACAACAUCUUCCUCAUGUGGGGUGGGUUCCUGGCCUGUCUGAUCGUUUUCCUGUGCCGGUCGCUGGAAAACGAGUGGGCCUUCCGUACCGUCAUUGUGUGCCAGCUGCUCAUGCCCGCGAUGAUGGCCUGUGGCCUGUUCCUGCUGCCCGAGUCGCCGCGCUGGCUGAUCCGCCAAGGUCGGCUGGACGAGGCGCGCGCCGUUGUCCGCACGUUGCGCAGGGGCGUCGUCGACGAGGACGCCGAGGUCUUGCAGCUGCAGGCACAGCUGGAGGAGGAGAAGACCCUGCACGCAGCCAGCUCCUACCUCGACUGCUUCCGGGGCACGAACCUGCGGCGCACGAUUAUCUGUAUUGGCCCGCAGGCGCUGCAGCAGGCACAGGGGAUUUCAUUUAUAUCCAACUACCUCGGCACUUUCAUGGAGCAGUUAGGGUUCGACAGUGUGCUUCUCAUCCUGGUCAUCAUCUAUGCUGCCGGCUGCGUCUCGAACAUUAUCAGUCUGUACACCAACGACCGGCUCGGGCGACGGCCAACCCUGCUUGUCUCGGCAGGCGUACAGGCGAUCUGUAUGCUCUCCAUCGGUGGUCUGGCGACGCACGGCACGGCAAAUAUCUCGCUGAGCAUGCAACACGCCGCCAUUGCUUUGCUGGUGAUCUGGUUCUUCAGCUUCCAAGGCACCUGGGGUCCGCUCGCCUGGGUCAUCUGCUCCGAAGCCCCCACCGCGCAGCUCCGCGAGAAGACCGUGUCUGUCGGCGCGCUGGGCUCGUAUGCCUCCGGACUGGUCAUCACUUUUGUCAACCCUUACGUCCAGGAUGCCAUUGGCGGCAACGUCGCCUUCAUCUACGGCUCCUUCUCCGUCGUCGCCGUCGUCUUUGUCUUCUUUGUUGUGCCGGAGCUCAAGAAUCGCUCGCUCGAGGAGCUUGACGAGAUGUUCCACGCCAAACUACCCACCAGAAAGUUCCGGACGUACCAGACUCACGGCCUGUUAGCCAACUCAAAACUCAUCGACGGCCCAGAGACGAAAGACAGCACCGAGGCUUUCACUGUGAGCUGUAAGUUGAAUGAAAAGAAGGAAAAUUAG